GUACCUCUGCCUUAAGAUAAGCACGCAGCCCCCUGCCGUCUGCAGGCACACGGACUGCCAGAGGAAUAUAUCUGCUGUUCCUCUGGUGCGGACCCUGGAUGGCUAUAGCGCUGCAGACGCGGCGUCCCAACUGUUUCAACGUUGAGCCUGUGCGGCAGCAGCAGCAUACUCUGCUACCGCCCUGCCUGCUGCUGUACUUCGCCGCUCCCAGAGAGAAAUCCAUGUGUAGGCUACCGCACUCAUAUAGACGGACCUGUUCAACGUUUCACUCUGGAUAUCAAGUCAUUAAUGAAAACGGUGGAUUGGAACUAAUUAUUGCUCGUAUUGGAUUCAUUUCAGUGGAAUUAAUGGUUACAGUUUUUUAUGGUUUGAGACUCUAGACUAUAUGGAUACCCAAUCUGCGUGAUAUUGGUUAAAGAUUGUAAAGCACGCGGAGGGGCGUGGAAUUAAUUGAAAUCGAUUUGGUCUCCUUGGAUGUAAAACAACCGAUAUUUAUUUCUCCCCACUCCUCCCUUUCCCUCCUCUCAUCACCUCCAGCAUGACUUCUCUGUCUGGGACAAAAGAGAGGUCUGUGACCAGCAGGAGCAGAAAAUACGGGAUGACCGAUACCUCCCCUACAAAAUCAGCCUCCUUCUCGCCGGAGACAUGGUACAGAAAGGCCUACGAGGAGUCCAGGACCGGAGGCCGACUCGCUCCAGAGGGAGCCGGCUCCAUGCCCAGCUCCACAGGCACCCCCUCCCCUGGAUCUGGCACUUCUUCCCCGGGCUCCUUCUCUGGUUCCCCCGGGACCAUAUCUCCAGGGAUUGGGACUGGUUCUCCAGGGUCUCUGGGUGGCUCGCCUGGUUUCGGUACAGGUUCGCCGGGCUCUGGCAGUGGGAGUUCCCCUGGUUCUGAGAGAGAGAGGGGAAUAUGGUGUGAGAACUGCAACGCUCGACUUACGGAGUUGAAGAGACAGGCGCUGAAACUGCUGAUUCCUGGCCCCUACUCCAGCAAAGAUCCCUCCUUCUCUCUCCUGCUCCAUGACCAGCUCCAGGUACCCAACAGCUCUCGCCGUGCGUGGAACGAGCGUGACAGUCGCUGUGAUGUGUGUGCCACCCAGCUGACCCAGCUGAAGCAGGAGGCGGUCCACAUGGUGCUGACCCUGGACCAGUGGGACUUGUCCCCAGGCUCUCCCCCCAGCCUGUCCACCCGAGGAGGGCCUCCACAGGGCCCCUCAGCCUCCCGGGACUGGGUGCCAGCUGCGUACCCCCUCAAUCCACUCCACCCCAGCAUAGCUCCCACCCCAUCCAACCACAGUCAAGGUGCAGCGUCUGUGGGAGAAACAAUCACCCAGGCUGCCUCUGCAGCUCCAGCCCUGGCCUCCGUGCUGCAGGCUCCAUCUCCUGUACACCAGGGAGGGUAUCUUCGCCAUGGUUCCAAGCCCAGCUCCCUGGGGGUUGGUCUGGGGGUUGAGAAGAAGAAUGGUUCCCCGGCACAUGGCAAUAAAGCCAGUGCUGUCCAGCCUGCCCAGCCGCCCAACAACCCUGGUAAUAACGGAGUCGGUUCUGAAAGUGGAGCAGUGCUGAGUACAGCGGCCCUGCAAGCCCAUCAGUACAUGACCCGCUCGAACGGAGGAGGGGUCACACUCUACCCCUACCAGAUCUCCCAGAUGAUAUCAGACACGUGUAGAGAGAGCUUGACCGAAGCAGCUCUGAACCGCUACAAUACUGAUCGCCCUGCCCACUCACCCUCCCAGGCCACGCCCACUCAGCAGGUUACCAUGGCAGCACCAACCACCACCUCUGCCGCUGCGUCCUUCUUUGCCAGAGCUGCCCAGAAGUUGAACCUUUCAUCAAAGAAGAAGAAGCAACGCCCCAUGCCUCCUCCUCUGGUGUGUGACCCCCCUCUGUUCCCAACCAAUUUCAGUGGGACUCUGCAGACUGCCCCCCCCCCUGCCCCCCCCUGCCUGCUACGGGCCGCUACCAAGGUCAAAGACACCCCAGGAUUGGGCAAGGUGAAGGUAAUGGUGCGUGUUUGUCCCGUAAUGUCUUCUGACGCAGCAGAGUCCAGUUCCUUCCUCAAGGUCGACACCAGGAAGAAGCAGGUCUCCAUUAUGGACCCCACAGCCAACCAGACACAAGGAAACACGCCCCAGAAACGAGGAGGGGCCAAUCAGAUUCCACCUAAGAUGUUUGCCUUUGAUGCCGCUUUCCCCCAUGAUGCAUCACAGGCAGAAGUAUGUGCUGGAACUGUUGCAGAGGUUAUCCAGUCUGUGGUUAAUGGAGCUGAUGGUUGCGUCUUCUGUUUUGGACACUCGAAACUGGGUAAAUCUUACACUAUGAUAGGAGCGGAUGAAUCUCUGCAGACCCUUGGUAUCAUCCCCUGUGCCAUAUCCUGGCUCUUCAAACUGAUCAAUGAGCGGAAAGAGAAGACAGGAGCCCGAUUCUCUGUCCGAGUCUCUGCCGUGGAGGUGUGGGGUAAAGACGAAAACCUGAAGGAUUUGCUUUCUGAAGUGGCUACAGGCAGUUUGCAAGACGGCCAGUCCCCAGGUGUCUACCUCUGUGAGGAUCCCAUCUGCGGUAUGCAGCUACAGAACCAGAGUGAACUGCGAGCUCCAACACCGGAAAAAGCUGCCUUCUUUCUGGACGCAGCCUUAGCAGCCCGCUACAGCAGCAGAGCCAACGCCGAUCCAGAAGAACAUCGUAACUCUCACAUGCUGUUCACACUGCACAUCUACCAGUACCGCAUGGAGAAGACAGGCAAGGGAGGGAUGUCUGGAGGUCGUAGCAGGCUCCAUCUGAUUGACCUGGGCAGCUGUGUGAAGGUGCCAGGAGGAGGAAUAAAGGCCAGAGACGUCAGCAGUUCUCCCUCAGCAGCUGGUUUGUGUCUGUCUCUGUCUGCCCUGGGGAACGUCAUCCUGGCCCUGGUCAACGGCAGCAAACACAUCCCAUACAAAGACAGUAAGCUGACAAUGCUCCUCAGGGAGUUGCUGGGCAACAUGAACUGUCGAACCACCAUGAUCGCUCACAUCUCCUCGUUGCCUAGCAACUUCUCUGACACGCUGUCUACAAUCCAGAUUGCCUCGCGUGUCCUCCGCAUGAAGAAAAAAAAGUCCAAAGUCACCAUGCAGUACACAUCCAGUUCGUCAGGGGGUGAGAGUUCGUGUGAGGAGGGUCGUAUGCGUCGCCCGACUCACCUUCGGCCAUUCCACUCCCGUAGCGCAGCCGAAUCUGACCUUCCCCUGCUGAACCUCCCGAGCGACCCAGAUGACUACUCAAGCAGCGAACAGUCCUGCGACACGGUCAUCUACGUGGGCCCCAGCGGGGGGGCCAUCUCAGACCGUGAGCUGACUGACAAUGAAGGCCCACCGGAGUUCGUCCCCAUCGUCCCUCCUCUGCUGAAGAGCAAAGCCAAGUCUGACGUUCCUCCGACGUCACCACCUCUACAACCAACAUUCCUGACCCAGCCUGGCCAUACCCACGCCCAGCCCUUAGUCCUGGCAGCCCAGCCUCUCACCACCUUCACCCAGCCUGUCCAUACCCACGCCCAGUCCUUAGUCCUGGCAGCCCAGCCUCUCACCACCCUCACCCAGCCUUUGCUUCCUCUGCUGCAUCCCCUGGGCCAAACUCUGCCCCCUGUGCCAGAGGAAGGGGCAGAGUGUCUGAAGUGCAACACCUUUGCCGAGCUGCAGGAGCGUCUGGAGUGCAUCGACGGGAGCGAGGAGGUUGCCAAGUUCCCCUUUCAAGAGGGGCAAGCUAUCAGCGGGGUCAAGCCUGACACCCUAGAUCCACUGGGGCCUGAGGCGGAGCCUAAUGGAGUGGGAGAGGUGGGGGUAGAGACCCAUGGGAUGAUGUUCAACGACCAACAGCUUCAGGAAAUCAGGGAGGUGGUGGAGGAAGCAGAGCUGGCCCAGACCAUGAUAGAGGGUCUGAGUGUGACUGUCAGCAGUGGAUCAGGACACAUGAACACAAACCCUCUCCAGAGGGCCCAGAGCACUGGCCUGCAGGACAGCCGUGAGUCUCUGAGUAUGGGCAGUAGCAGUGAUGGUAAGCCCCGCCCCCUGGGCUCUCCUCGGCUGGGUGUUGCCUCUCUUACCAGGACCUCUGACUACAGACCUCCUUCAUCACCCUCACAGCGCUGCAAGGUCUACACCCAGAAGGGCGUGAUGCCAGGAACACCCCCACUGUCCUGCCAGAGUCUAUCAGCUGCAGACAGCCUGGUUGCAGACAGCGGAAGGUCCUCUACAGAGUCCCCGCUGCAGCCAGAGUGUCUGUCAAGGACCUCACCUGUCGGGAUGAGUCCCAAGAUCCUUAAGCGCACCAAUUCCUCAUUUACCAGCCUGGGGUCAGCUGAAACUCUCUGUGAAGAUGAUGUACCUCAGAUACCUUUGGAUGGACGUAGGGAGAUUCCAGCCGCCCACCGAUCCUCCACUCCAGCAGAUCCUCUAGGGGAAGAUGAGAUGAUGUUCACCCUGGGUGGUGAGGAGCGGCUGGAGCUCCAGGGCUUGCUUGAAAGUGGAGGUCGUCCAGCUAGCAUCAUAAGCUUCAGCAGUGAUUGUUCUGUUACCGCCAUGGUCUCGGGGUCCCGUCCUGUUUCUAGCAUCAGCAGCGUCAGUGAGCUGGAGCACUUUGGAAACAACACAACUGUUGUUGCUCCCAGCACAGGGGUGGUAACCAUGACAACUGCCUCUAUUGCCGGGGUGAUUGCCAUGGCAGAGGUCAGCAUGGCAAAGCUUCGUGCGGAAGGUGAGGUGAGGGCGGUGGUGUCUAGCCAAAGGUCAUCCGUCUCAUCAUGGCUGAGUGAGCUGAGCACUGGCAGCAACGGGGAUCAGUCCCGGCACAGUUUCAGGCAGUCCCAGUCCGAACCCGAGGAGGCACUGGCCGAGCCGGAGGACCAGGAUGAGGCAUCCCUGGGUCCUGGAGGAAAGAACACACCUGACAGAAAAGUGGUAUUCUUUGGAGAUGAGAAAGGGAGGGAAAGUGAGAGUGAGAAGAGCACCCCAACUAAGGAGAGGCUGAAGAAACUGCCCCCCCAUCUGGGUAAGACCACCAUCACACUCUCCAACACGCAGAUGCUGGGGGCCUCCACUAACUUCAUCCCCUUCCAGAUCAACAGCACUGGCCAACCUUGUGUGGUUGUCAAACCCAUGGUCAUACUGGAGCCCCCUAUCCUCUCCUCCCCCACCAGUACCCAUCUGCUACUCAAGGACCCAGCUUGGCCUGCCCUGACCCCAACUCCAACCCCCGUACUAGCCUCCAUGUCCCUUGAGCUCAGCUUUGACGACCCCUGGAUGAAGAGAGAGGGGAAGGAUGUGAGGCCCAAAGAGCUGGUGUGUGAGGUGAAGCCAGAGAAGAGGGUAGUGGAGUCUCUGGUAAAGACAGAGAAGCACCAGGGCGAGAAGCUCCAGGGCGACAGAGGCAGCCGAGGGGACAACCAAGGGGACAGCCGAGGGGACAGCCGAGGGGACAGUGGCUAUGGAGGAGACAGACACAGUUGCAGUAGUGGGGAGGCUGGCUCCUCUCCGGACUCCUGUCAGAGGGUGGUAGACGGCUGUGAGAUGUUACUGGUCAGCCCUGGGGACUGUCUGGUGACUCCGGUCUACUCUGCUGACAUCCUGCGUACUGGCAGUCUGCCGCGUGGCUGGCACCGACUCAACCGACACGACGGCCUGGAUGACAACUCACUGUACUACGCCACUGUUGGAGGAUGUGCGGGGACCCGGGACCUCGGGGUCACCACCUCCACUCCUUGUAGUCCCAGGGCCACCCUGGACCGGCGGGUGUCGUCAGGGAAACAAGGCUUGUUCUCCCGCCAGAAAGGAAUCCCACCCCUGCCACCGGUACGUAAGUCCAGUCUGGACCAGAAGAACCGCUUAGCAGGCCCCCUCAGUCCUUUGCACACACCCAGCCAUGGCCUCUCUUUCCUGGGGAGCACUCUGGAGGACCUGGGUGUAGUUGGAAGUAGUGGAGUGAAACAGAAGGGGUGCAAUGUGGAGAGCAGCAGGUUGUUUAGUGCCAAACUAGAGCAGCUGGCUAACAGAACCAACUCUCUGGGUCGCACGCAUGGAGCUCACAGCGCUCACAUCCCCCACUAUGACUGCCUCUCCCUUGAGAGAGGGGACAGCCUCAGCUGGAAGGGACCGGUCGGAGGGGGAAAGGGGGAUCUCACCAUGCCUCGUACCGGACGCAGCCUGACCCGUGGUGGCUCAGUAUCCUCCUCCCCUAACCGAAGUGGUUCCAGCCCGAGCAGCUCUCCCCAGUCGUCUAAGUGCUGUCAGUCCAAGAUCUCAGCGGUUGGCAAGCUGCUGAUGGCCAGCCCUAAAACCCGGAGCCUGUCAGCUUCCAGUACCAAGACACUCAGCUUCUCCACCAAGUCUCUGCCCCAAGCAGUCAACAGGAGCUCGAGCCUGCCUCCCAACGGCAAGACUCAGACCCCGCAUCAGCCCCAGAACCAGAACCAAGCACCCAACUCUCAGACCCAGAACCAGGCACCCAACUCUCAGCCCCAGACCCAUCCACCGUGUCUAGGUUCUAGCCAGGGCCAGAACCAGAACCUAGCACCCAACUCUGGCUCGUGGUCCACACAGUCUCUGAGUCGCAGCCGAGGAGGAAGCCUGGCUGCCAAGCUGCCUCUGAGAGCAGUCAACGGCCGCAUCUCUGAGCUUCUCCAGGGCAGUGGAGGCUCUCGAUCUACUGGUCACAACCGGGUAGGAGGUUCCGAUGCUGGGGAGGAGAGAGUUGCCGGGAUAGGUGGAAGUACUGGAGGAGCACAGGGAGAGGAGAGACCGGUGGUGGUCCAUACACUCCCAUCUCCCUACAGUAAGAUUACGGCCCCCAGACGGCCACAGCGUUGCAGCAGCGGUCAUGCCAGUGACAACAGCAGCGUUCUGAGUGGAGAGCUGCCCCCCGCCAUGGGGAAGACAGCCCUGUUCUACCACAGCGGGGGAAGCAGUGGCUACGAGAGCAUGCUGAGGGACAGUGAGGCCACAGGAAGCACCUCGUCUGCCCAGGACUCCCUGAGUGAACACAGCUCAGCUACCAGCAGCAGCCGACGCAGCCUGAAAAGCAACAAGAAGAGGAACAGCAGCACAGGUACACAGCGGCGUCGUCUAAUCCCCAGCCUGACCCUGGAAUCUCCAUCUCCGGUCAGGAAGCCGGCCAUCAGCCCAGGUGUACGCUGGGUAGACGGUCCGCUGCGCCCCACCCCCAGGGGAACAACAGAACCAUUUGAAAUAAAAGUGUACGAGAUUGAUGAUGUGGAGCGUCUACAGAAGAGAAGGGUGAAAGGCAACAAGGAGGUGGUGUAUUUCAGUGCUAAGCUGAAGAUCUUAGAGCACAGGCAGCAGCGAAUCUCAGAGGUCCGAGCCAAGUACGACUGGCUGAAGAAAGAGCUGGAACGAACCAAGCAGCAUCUAAUGCUGGAGCCAGAGAAAUGGACCAGUGAAUUUGAUGUGCAGCAGACAUUUGAGGUGGACUCUUUGGAAUAUCUGGAGGCUCUGGAAGUUGUUACAGAGCGACUGGAGAACAGGGUCAACUUCUGCAAGGCUCACCUCAUGAUGGUCACCUGCUUUGACGUCACCUGUCGUCGCAGGUAGACUGACAGACAAACAAACAAACAGAGCACACAUCACCCAGGACUGUUGAACUCAGUGUUGCUGCAUUUACACAGCAGGAUGGGAGAGGGAUGGAUCCCCAUGAGGUGCUGCAGGCCAGAUAGAGGUCAUGGCUGGAGGAGUGAUUCUUAUUUUUUUAAGCAGGGAGCAAGAGGGAAAUUAGGUAAGAGGAGAAAGAAGAGGAAAAGAGGUAUUUUAAAGGAGGAGUAUAUCUCCCAGUGGACAGGAAGAACACUUUUCCGGAAGAGUUGUUGGAAUUUGUAAAUAAGGUUUUGUUUGUUUUUAAAUGAGGCCUGGCUAACGGACAGCAACAGUAACAUAGGAAUGAGAACAGACAGAUAACACCACCCGAUUACACCACCCGAUUAAUUAAGACAAGUGCCUUGCAAACACUUCCAUAUCUGAACCAAUUCCCCCAAAUUUGUGUACAGACGGUGCUAGCUAAAAAAGAACGAAGAUCUCAAAAUUAAAAAGAUGCAAGGAAAAUUAAAAAGAUAAAAAUUUCUGCUCAGUAUUUCUUCCUCCUGAUUAGCUGUUUUCAGUGGUUUUAACUGUAUUGUUCUGCACUAGUUAAGAUGCAACAUAUUAAGUGUAAUGUAUAUGUUUUCUAUUCUCUGUAGACAGUGGGACCACACAGAGGGCUUUAGACUGUGGGAUCAUGGGAUCCAUUAGGACAGAGAUCUGUUUGAACAGGGGGAUGAUGGGUAGAGCCCUAACCCAAAACAUGUUCUCUACUCUGGCUCAUUGAUUUCCAUGUCCCCCCUUGGGCUAUUGUGGUGGAGGCAACCAAAAUAUUCAAUAGGGUUUUGGGUGUACAAUAUCCAUAAUCAACCCAUCUCCCUCUGCCCUCCCCCAUAAACAUAAUCAACCCAUCACCCUCUGCCCUCCCCCAUAAACAUAAACAUAAUCAACCCUCUGCCCUCCCCCAUAAACAUAAUCAACCCUCUGCCCUCCCCCAUAAACAUAAUCAACCCAUCACCCUCUGCCCUCCCCCAUAAACAUAAUCAACCAUUCACCCUCUGCCCUCCCCCAUAAACAUAAUCAACCCAUCACCCUCUUCCCUCCCCCAUAAACAUAAUCAACCCUCUGCCCUCCCCCAUAAACAUAAUCAACCCUUCACCCUCUGUCCUCCCCCAUAAACAUAAUCAACCCAUCACCUUCUGCCCUCCCCCAUAAACAUAAUCAACCCUCUGCCCUCCCCCAUAAACAUAAUCAACCCAUCACCCUCUGCCCUCCCCCAUAAACAUAAUCAACCCUCUGCCCUCCCCCAUAAACAUAAUCAACCCAUCACCCUCUGCCCUCCCCCAUAAACAUAAUCAACCCUCUGCCCUCCCCCAUAAACAUAAUCAACCCAUCACCCUCUGCCCUCCCCCAUAAACAUAAUUUAAAAAAAGAAUAGAGUGAGAAGGAAUGAGGGAUCAAAACUUUAGGGGAGCAUCCUUAUAACCCCAUAUAGAGGGACUCUAUAAGACAGAGGACAUUCUGAUAGAGAAAACCCUCCCUCUGCCUGGUACCACUGUCAUGGUGCAUUCACUUUGGUAACUUUUUGUUAAUAUAUAUGGUGCUUGAGACUGUUUCAGAUCUAAAUGUUUGUAUAAAUAUAUAUAGCCUGUUUCCUAAAAUAACUUUGACACAUGCUUCUUCAUCAUUAACUUCUUUUAUAAUUUACAGUAUGCUUGGGUAUUUUAAAUGGCAUGUAUAAAUAAAAUGUAAUAUUUGGAUUAUAAUUAUCAUCUGUCCUUUUCACCUUUACCAUUUGACCUGUCCUCUGUCAUGGUCAUGAAUGAAGGAUAUUAUUUAUUUAGCUUAGGAGGCGUGCGGAAAUGUUACAUAUAUUGUAUAAUUUAUUUUCAACCUUAUGGUCUGAAAAGAUACUAUGCAUAAAAGAAAAAAUGUAUGUAUAUGCUAAGCCCAUUUCAUAACCCCUAACCCAAUAUAUGCUGAGCCCAUUUCAUAACCCCUAACCCAAUAUAUGCUGAGCCCAUUUCAUAUCCUCCAGAUAUACACACGCCCACGUCUUUCUUCCUAUGAGAUUGGAGGUGCCUGUUUGAUUGGUGGAAACAGGAAGGUAUCUCUGGAGGCUGGUCCCAGAUCAGUUUUGUGCUCUCCCCUCUAAAGGUGAAGACAAAGAUCUACAGAGUUUGAACGAUAAAUAUUUGGUUCUGGGGAUGGGUCAGCUGAUCCUGAAAAUAUUCCCACUGGUACCUUGUACCUGCAUCCUGUUGAUGAUGUUAUUCUCCAAGGUGUUCAGGGAUGUUCAGGGAGGUGCAGAGUUACAAAACCCACACACACAAAUGUAUUCUGUCAAACAUAUAUGGAGUCUGCUCUGAUAUAUAUAUUUUUUAUCAGUUUCAAUGUUUCACCUUCCUGAUAAAUCCCUGGUCACGUCUGUGUUCAUCACCAUGGAAACAUCCCACUGGUGUGAUGGUGUCUUUUGGGCUUGUGAACUGUACACAUUUGCACCAAACCACUGUACGGGAAGCUCAGUUUGGUCUGCACUGUUCUGGCUCAUCAGAUGCAAACAACUGUUUAAAUACACAAAACUAUAGUCACUGUUGUUCCUCUGUGUUUCUGUCCUGCACUGGUAGUAGGAAUGCUGGGGUGAUGUCAACAUGUUGGAGAUGUCAUAAAAGGCUAUUCUUGUUUAGCACUGAUAACAUAGCUUACUGUUAAUGCUUCAAUACCCAUGUGCAUAGGCUUAAAGAAGCAGACUCAGCCGUUCCAUAACCCAGAGGUUGUGAACCUGAACCAACUUCUCAACUAAUUAUGAAGUCCUUGGCUGCUUGAUUCAGGUGAGCUACUACAUAUGUCUGGGGUAUCCAGGAGAUGUUUGUGAUGUCUGGGAUAUCCAGGAGAUGUUUGUGAUGUCUGGGGAUAUCCAGGAGAGGUUUGUGAUGUCUGGGGAUAUCCAGGAGAGGUUUGGGAUGUCUGGGGAUAUCCAGGAGAGGUUUGUGAUGUCUGGGGAUAUCCAGGAGAGGUUUGUGAUGUCUGGGAUAUCCAGGACAGGUUUGUAAUGUCUGAGAUAUCCAGGACAAGUUUGUAAUGGCUGGGAUAUCCAGGAGAGGUUUGUGAUGGCUGGGGGUCGGCUGGGAGAAGUUUGAGAAGACACUUUUACAACCAGUGGCCAAAAAUCACAUAAUGCAUCUUUAACAGAACAGCCUGUUUUUAUUUGACUUCUCAAGAGGCAAAAGAAAUAAAGCAUAGGCACUGCUUACAUGGGUUUAUUAAUUUGUAAUAGCUUUAAUGUUUAGGUAUUCAGGUUCACAGUGCAGACUGAACAGAUAUCCCCAUUUCACUGUUUGGUAGAAAUGCGAUUACCAUUGAACCGUCUUGGUUUUUAUGGGGUCGGAUGUGUGGGAAAAUGAACCGUCUUGGUUUUUAUGGGGUCGGAUGUGUGGGAUAAUGAACCGUCUUGGUUUUUAUGGGGUUGGAUGUGUGGGAUGAUUAUAUUUUUUUUGUGUGUGGAAUAAUUAUAUUUCUCUGGUUGUGUAUUUGCUAAGACAAGCGAGAGGUACUAUACCUAGCAAGGUUGGCCUCAACUCCAAUUUAGGAAGUGAGCAAAUCCUCAUUGAGCAUUUCAUAUCUUGAAUUGGUAUUCAGCCAUAACAUCUGAACAUAGUAUAAUAAUGAGAUUGAGCCAUAGUAACAUCCCAUGAUAGCUAGGCAUCACUGUGCAGAGGCUGGGCUGAGUGUGAGGAUAUCAGACUGUGUUUGAGCAUUUUGUGAGAGACAGUUGCCCAGAUCCAAGAAAGAGACUAUGGUCGUAUUCAGAAUGCAGAAACAGGCGGAAAAUAAACCAUUUUGAAAAAAAGAGAUCAAUAGUUGGAUCAAAUUCGUUUUCCUCAUUGUGAUCAACCCGACCAUGUCUGCAUGUAACUGCCACCAGGGGCACUUAAGAGAAGCUGACGGUUAUUAAAGGAUUGCUGUAAAUAAAGGAUUGUAUUGGA